AGAGGCAGGUGCCAUGACUGGGGCUGAGGAUGACAUCCCAUUGGGUGAAAGGAAGACAGUCACAGACUUCUGCUACCUACUGGACAAAUCCAAACAACUCUUCAAUGGCCUACGAGAUCUUCCUCAGUACAGGCACAAGCAGUGGCAGUCCUACUUCGGGCGCACCUUUGACAUCUACACCAAGCUGUGGAAGUUUCAGCAGCAGCACAGGCAGGUCCUGGAAAAUCGGCAUGGCCUGAAGAGAUGGCAGAUAGGGGAGGUGGCAUCCAAAAUAGGCCAGCUCUACUAUCACUACUACUGGUGCACGAUAUCUAAGGAAGUCUCAAGGUUUUGCUCACCUGAGGUAGAGUAUCUCAUGUUGGUAAGGGUAAGCAACAACACUUCGGCCACACUGAUCCUCAACACGGGGGCCCCUCAGGGGUUCGUGCUCAUUCCCCUCCUGUUCUCCCUGUUCACUCGUGACUGCACGGCCAGGCACAACUUCAACACCAUCAUUAAGGUUGUCGCUUGUAACACAACUCUCCUUCGAUUGUCUCCUCAUGUUAGGCCUGAGUUGGUAGUGAAGAAACUCCGGUAUUAUGCCCGCUACAUUGUAGUUUGUUUACUUCUGAACAACAUGGACCUAGUGAAAGUGCUGGUCAAGGAGCUGUCAGAGGAAAUUGAGGACUAUACGCAGCGAUUCAACACAGAAGAUCAAUUAGAAUGGAAUCUGGUCUUACAGGAAGUGGCAGCUUUUGUGGAGGCAGACCCAGUUGUGGUGCUGAACAAUGAAAAUACUGUGAUCGUCAUAAUCCAAUCGGCUACAGGAGGGGGCAUGUCUCCUUUGGAACAGGGCAUGGUGGUUGGUCAGCUCACCCUGGCAGAUGCACUAAUCAUUGGCAACUGCAACAACCAGGUGAAGUUCAGUGAGCUAACCAUCGAUAUGUUCCGCAUUCUCCAAGCGUUGGAGCGGGAACCAGUCAUCCUGGCUACAACGGCAUCUAAACAUGGAACAUUGGAACCCAGCGAGAAGCCAGCCAAGAGAGAGAACCCUCACAAGUACCUGCUGUACAAGCCAACGUUCAGCCAGCUCUUCACCUUUUUGUCUGCCUCCUUUAAGGAGUUGCCAGCGAACAGUGUGCUGCUCGUCUAUCUUUCAGCUACCGGAGUCUUCCCUACUGGAUGCUUGGAUUAUGAGGGACCAUAUGACUUUGGAGGAGUCCUCACCAACACGAACCGUGAUGUGGUAAACGGGGAGAUGGUGCAGAAAAGGAACCACGCCCAAAAAGAGAUGCACUGCCUUCACCCUGGGGACUUGUUCCCUUUCGCCCGGAAGCGUCUCUUUGUCAUUGUGGACUCCUCCAACAGCACAGCCUAUAAGGUUGAUGAUGGUAAUGGUAACUUUGAGGCGCUUGUGGAGAGCAGCUUCCUGCGGAAGCACGUUCUGGAGCUGGCUGACAUGUUGGAUGUGUAG